AUGACCGAAAAUAUCAUUGAAAAGGGCAAGGCGCCGGACAAGGCCACUGAAGACACUGUCAUGACUACCGAGUCUAUGGCUACCGAGGAAGGAGCCAUGGAGCCCUCCAAGAGGUGGAGGAAGUCGCAGGCUUAUUUUGAACGGUGCAAAGCGCUAGCUCGUAAAAACUACCGCAAGCGUCAGGAGCGCCGCCGUCUCCGCAAAGUGGGUAUUGAGGUGCCUCUCCGCGAGCGUGAUCCUGCCCUCCCACAACAGCGCAAGCGUAACAAACGUCACCGAACCCGAAAGAGGACAAGAAAGGACGAAAGUAUGUAUUCCUACGAAGGUUGA